AUGGCAGGUGUACAGCCAACUCUCCCCGAAGUGCGCCAACUGCUUCAAGAAGCCAUCAAGCUACCCAACCCUCCGAACCUCGUGCCGCUAUGCGCCUCCAUCUCAUCCGAGUUCCUGACUCCUUCAUCCAUCUACCUCAAGGUCUCGGCAAAUGCAAAGUCGAAACACUCGUUCCUCUUUGAGAGCGCUGCUACAACAGAGACAAUCGGUCGCUAUAGUUUUGUCGGUGCCGAUCCGCGACACGAGCUCAAGACUGGACAAGGCCACGGCCCCGAAACAGACCCCCUGCCCAUCCUCGACCAGGAACUUUCAAAAUGCCGCGUCGCAGACAUCCCCACCCUCAAGCUGCCUCCCAUGACUGGUGGUGCUGUCGGCUAUGUCGGCUACGACUGUGUCAAGUACUUCGAGCCCAAGACUCGCCGUCCCAUGAAGGACAUCCUCAAAGUUCCUGAAUCGCUGUUCAUGCUAUACGACACAAUCGUUGUUCUCGAUCACUUCUUCCAAAAGGUCAUGGUCGUCACAUACGUCAAGGUUCCCGAGAGUCUCGACAAUCUGGAUGCUGCCUACGAUGAAGCAAAGCAAACUGUCAACCGCAUGCUGCAAGUGCUCAAGAAGACCGAAGCUGUCCUGCCGACACAGGAGCCCGUCCAACUGGGCAACGAAUACACUUCAAACAUCGGACAAGAAGGUUACGAAAAGCACGUCCACACCCUGAAGGAGCACAUCAGCUCUGGAGACAUCAUUCAAGCGGUUCCCUCGCAGCGCAUGGCCCGCCCCACCUCGCUGCAUCCCUUCAACAUUUAUCGUCACCUCCGUACUGUCAACCCUUCGCCGUACCUAUUCUUCCUCGACUGCGAAGAUUUCCACAUCGUCGGCGCCUCGCCAGAGCUGCUGGUCAAGGCUGAGAACGGUCGCAUCUACACUCACCCAAUCGCUGGAACCGUUAAGCGCGGUGCCACAGCCGAACAAGAUGAGCAGCUUGCCCAAACAUUGCGUGACUCCCUCAAGGAUCGUGCUGAGCACGUCAUGUUGGUCGAUCUGGCUCGCAACGACGUGAACCGCGUUUGCGAUCCAUUGAGUACCCGCGUCGACAAGCUCAUGGUUGUGCAAAAGUUCUCUCACGUGCAACAUCUGGUGUCAGAAGUCAGUGGUGUCCUUCGUCCCGACAAGACGAGGUUCGAUGCUUUCCGCAGUAUCUUCCCUGCCGGUACUGUAUCUGGCGCACCCAAGGUGAAGGCCAUGGAACUGAUCGCAGAGUGCGAGGGUGAGAAGCGUGGUGUCUAUGCUGGUGCGGUCGGCUACUUUGGCUACAGCAGUGUAAAUCUUGCCACCGGCGAGGAGACUGAGGGCGCUAUGGAUACCUGCAUCGCUUUGCGCACUAUGCUGAUCAAGGACGGCGUGGCGUAUCUGCAAGCCGGUGGUGGUAUCGUCUUCGACUCCGACCCGUACGACGAGUACAUUGAGACUAUCAACAAGCUCAAGGCCAACACGACGUGUAUCGAGCAGGCUGAAAAGAAGCACUACGAUGAACAGCAAGAAGAUGUGGAGACAUCCAAGUCAGACGAGAAGCCUCACAUCGAUAUGGCCGCAGGAUAG